AUGAAUAAUGAGCUACCAGCGGACAUCCGACGAAUCAUCGCUGCUCAGACGAGCAACAAUCUGCCAACGCUGGGCUCUUUGCCCGUACUGCCGAAAAUCGGGGCUUCAUCUGCUAAAAAAUCUGCUAAUGAAUUUCACUCAGUCGCGACGGCGAGUUUCGACAAAGUCAUCGAUGAAGGAUCUGCUCAGGAAGCUGGACGAUCUUGGUCGAUUGAACACGGCGGGGUUAAGAACAAAUUCAAAAGCAACUACCCCUUUGAUUUUAAGCCCGAAAAAGUAGGCCCGACCCACUCGACGGCGCAUAGUCAUCGUGGAAACGUUCUGAGCGCUUGCAGUCUCUCCAGGCCUGACGACUUCGCUCGCGCAUUUGUUAUUCGCAAGAAACCUCCGUUGCCACCUAUUAAUCCCAUAUCCCGGCUCGAUCUCUCACUUGCUACAAUUCCGGCUUCAUUACCAACGGAUAUCGCCGGCCUUCAAAAUGCCGUUGACAAUCUGAGCGAUAAGUGGGUGCAGAGCAUCUUGGACGCUUGCAGAUUGUACGACCAUGAACUAAGAAGAUAUCUCUGCGUUCCCUCGCUAAUAAAGUGCUUUGGAGAGGUUGUUCCAAGUGUUCACUCACCAUCCUCACCAUGGCGUAAGUUUCUGCAACAAUUGGCUCCUCGAGGAGAGUUCAUCGAAUACGAAAAAGUACUUGAACUCAUUUCUAAGUCGAAGAAAACCGAAGAGGUGAUGAUGGAAAUUGAAGACCUUCUGAAGCGAAAUCCGGGAUUGAGUUUAGAGCGCUUGAAGAACGCCACAACACAAAAGACUAUCCAGCUGUCCGAGUUUAAUAUGCUGCUGGAAAUGUACGGUUUAGAAGCAGCAUUCCAACCUAUUUAUCAACGCCUAUUCUCCUGCUUCCUCACCCAUGACAACAAAUUCCACUUUUCGGCUUUUGUCGCAUGUCUUUCCCUGGUCCGUCUUCCGGUAAAACACACAGCAUCAGCUGCUGCAACUUCAGAACUACCAACAAACCCGACACUACCUGUGACAUGUUGGUGCCGAAUCGAAUCAUCAAUCUAUGCCGAACAACUAGUUGUCAAUCGAGAAGCGACAGUGAGCGUCGGCGCUGUUCGGCGCAUUCGUCAAAAAAUCGCAGCUCCAACGAGUAAUAUUUCCGAAACAAACCCUUGCUCGUUGGCUGUUCGCAUUCCAGCGCCGGCCGGCUGCUGUGCAACGGCAUCCGUCCUCAGAUUUGCGAUCAGCGCCUUAUUUAUGUGGUCAACUCUGAAAUCGGGCAAUAUCCUAAUUGAUGUAAUGCUUAAAUGA